AUGCUCAUAAAGCCACCAGUCAAAGCGGGAACGUACCAAGAUCAAAAGAACCAGAAGGAAAUAGCUGACACGGGCAAGUCGAAGCAUACCUCGGAACGCAGAGACAAAGGAACAUGGCAGGACCCAGUAGAAACCCCCACCUCCAAAGGGAUCAUAAACUACAUAUUAGGAGGUUUCGCCGGAGGAGGAAUAACAAACACAGCAAGGAAACGAAGUUAUAGAGCCAUGAUGACAAUGGAAGGAACUCAGCAGAACUCUCCAGCGCCAACAUCCUCGGCCAUUGUCAAUUUCAGUGCUUCUGAUUUCAAAUCAAGAACUCCAAACCGAGAUGACCCAGUGGUAAUUUCUGUAAGCAUGGGAGAAUUGAUUGUGAAAAAGGUGCUGCUCGAUCCAGGAAGCAGCACCGAUGUCUUGUUCUACUCCACAUUCAAGAAGAUGCAAUUAAGCGACAAGUCAUUACAACCAUCAGGAGGAGAACUGGCAGGUUUUUCGGGUGAAAGGGUCCCCAUAUCAAGUUACGUCUAG